AUGGACGCAGGCGGUAAAAUUGGAGGCAAAAUCGGCGGUAAAGUCGGUGGAAUGGGCAAAGGUGGUAAAGGAAAAACAGGAAGUGGUAAGGGCAAGAAAACACCAAUGAGUCGUGCCGCUAGGGCUGGCUUACAAUUCCCUGUUGGUCGUGUUCAUAGGAUGUUGAAGUCACGCGUAAGCGCUGAUGGACGUGUAGGAUCAACUGCAGCAGUUUACGCCUCAGCAAUUCUUGAGUACCUCACCGCUGAAGUACUUGAGUUGGCAGGAAACGCCUCAAAGGAUCUCAAGGUGAAGCGUAUCACUCCACGUCACUUGCAACUGGCCAUCAGAGGAGACGAAGAACUCGACACACUUGUCAAGGCAACCAUUGCAGGUGGUGGUGUCAUACCACAUAUCCAUAAGGCUUUGAUGAAUAAAGGACCCCAGCCAGUAUUAGUUAAACCACCAAAACGUUUGUAA